CUUUUUGAGUAGAAUUACUGAAAUCAACUUUGUCAUGAUAUUCAAAUUUUAUGACCGGCACCUGUAGAUAUUGUGUUGUCAGUUAUUGUUUUUUGGACGCUACCUUUCUGUCAUGGCACACUUUUCCUGAACGUGUGUAUUCAAGUGAUUGUGUUACUUUGGAAUUCUGGCCCAUUAUGAUUGAGUGUGCCCUGUGAUGAGCUGGAAAGUCUUUAUUUGUUCCAGGGUUACACAGGCCUCCUUCAACCCUCAGUUGCAUAAGUAGGUUAGCAUCUUGAUGGGUGGAUGAAUUUCAGAUCAAGCUCCCUUAACCUUUAGUCCUGGGUUGUCUGUCUUGCCCUGUCUCUGUCGUCUCCAAUUUGUUGAAACUAAGUCUGAUUCUUGGGUGUCUUGCGUGUCUGGCCUGUUUCUUUGUGAGACUAUUGAGUCUAGACUGUUUUUUACCCCCCCUUCCAUUAUGCCAUCUGUAUUCUGUGUGUGUUUCUGCCUUUCCUUGUUUGGUAUAUUCUACUUUUUGAUUUGCGUGUGUUCAUUUUUAGAAUGAUUCUCUAUGUAUUUGUUGCCUUUAUGACUUUAACUUUUACACUUGAUUCUGCAUGUGUGACACGCUUGUACGUAUUUUCUUCAAUGGAUACAUAACUAUUACUCCCUCUCUGAACAUAUAGCUACUGCUUAGUAAUUCCAGUGACGUACAAUACUACAAUAUUGUUCUCUGGAACCCCAGAAGCAAUUGCAGUGUCUACCCAUCUUCUGUAUACCCCCUACCUCGUCCUUUUACAGCUGUCUUGUAUGUGCGUCAGAUAUCAAGCUGUGCAGAUGUGAGAGUUAUUUUACUUGUCAAGACCCCUCUGGAGAAAUUUGCUGAAUGGACAAUUGCAGAGGCCCAAGCACAGUGCCCCCUGCUGAGGCUUCAUUACGCAAAUAAAAUAAUGAUCUGCACAAUUAGCUCAAGUACAAGCCCUAGUGGGCGGGCCUGUGGGUCUUAGGGCUGCUUUAAUUAGAGACAGAGUGAGGGGGAGAAACAAAACCAGUAUGCUGCUAUAGAGGAGCUCAGGAUUUCCCUUGGGAAACGUGCAAGUGGGUGGAACUGUGCAAGUUUCAGCAGGACAAGUGGGGGCAAAAAUGUCCUUAUGGUUAUUUACCUUCAGGAACCACUAGCAAGAGUCCCAACAGUAGAACUUUAUCCUCCCUCCAAUAAAAAAAAAAAAAAAGGCUCCUCUCUUAUUCCCUUUCUUGACCCCUCCUAGAAUAAGAUGUCAAAGGAAGCUGAACUCAUUUCAUCAUUGGUUAGUACUGGUAUUACUUUUAAUAGUUGAGAGAACUGAACUAGAGUAUCUCUCUAGUGACCUCUCUGACGCUUGCAUAGGAGACCAGCAAAAGCAUGGUAAAGAAAUAAAGUGAAGAGUUUUUAUCUCCUCACUAAACAAUUAGCCAAAACUAGCAGGGUGACUGACGAGUGGAAUGUUGACUGCAAUUCUCUCACUUUCCAUUCAGUAGUGCCUGAGAUGAUGAGAGACAAAAGGCCAGUAAGCCGUUUCUUUUCAUAGUGCCUCCCCUCCCAGCUGAAAAAAAGUCUUGUUAAGCAGGUACUUUAAAAAUGGAGUUGUGUGUCUUGUUUAUAAACGGCAUUGCUUAAGAGGCAUCCUUCACAACGUUGAAUGCAUCCUCCCUAGCCUUUCGAAACUGCAGAGUGCAAGCAGCACUAUAUCUACUUUGUGGGUCACAGGAAACAUCCCAUACAGCCAGAAGUAAAGCCUGGGCCUUUGAUUUCUUUUCUCAUUUAUGUAAUAAACAGAAGCCAUGCCCAGCAUAGGCAGACAAAAGUGAUCUGAACUUACAAAAUGUUAUUCUGGAAGAUAAAAGGCAUGAAAAUGAUCAAUUGCGGCGGCUCUCCUGUGAUCGUUAAAGAGCCGCCUUUGAAGUAUGCAAGCUCUGAGGGGCCAAGAGGACAAUGCCCGCUUUGACGAGAGGGCAGAGUGGCAGACUCUCCCCUCUCUCCAUCUUUCUGUGUUGUCCAAGCCGAGUGACUGAAGCCACAAGUUCUCCUGCACUAAUGAAUUCAAAUGGGCAACUCCACAACUUGCCCCCCCCCUCACAUUGUUGUAGCAAACCCUUUUUAGUUGUCUGCCUUGGCAAAUUUUACUGUGCUGGUUAUCGUCAUGUUAAUGAACUAAGCUGUAGGAGCCCCGCCCCCCUCUCUUUAUAUACUUCAACGCUCUCUUCAUUGUUCCACGAGGCUAACUUGCAGCCAGAGUCUGAGAGAGAGUAAACUUCCUCUAAAGGACAGAAACAGCUGAGGAGACAGUCCGCCCACCUGCCAUUCUGCAGCAAGUGAAACUCUGCAAUUUACCAAACAGAAGAGCUCCCGAACACUUGCUGCCUGCUCCCUGCUGUGAGCCUGCCACGCAAUGUCAUUGAUGGUCCUGUUCCUGAUGCUGAGCAGCUGUACUGCAGCUCCACUUGUCAGAGAUGUCCACCGGCUACCCCAGAGUGCUCUCCAAGUUCUGUCUGAACGUGGCACAGUGAUCUUGGAGGCUGCUUUGGCAAAUGCUCUUUCUGCCCUGGAUCUUGCUACUUCACAUCAUAAUCAAGGAGACAUUGUAUGUCAAACCUGUGGACCAUGCAUCUUUCAAGACUGUGGACAGCAGACUACACCAUGUGCAAACCCAAAGUUGCCUUCCACAGAGCCGAGUUGCAUGGACAUCACUCAGGCUCAGUCCUACUCUGAUGCAAGGAAGCGUAACUGGGCGCUGAGCCAGACCUGCUAUUUCUACAAGCAUCGAUGUCCAGCCGAAGGGACCACUACUGAGAGCCAGUGCCUGCGUAUGAUGGCAGAGAGCUGCAAUGCCCGUGUCCUGCAGUGCAGUUUAAUGAAAGCCAUUGACAGCCUGGAGCCUGUGUCUUCUCCUAAGAACCAAGAUGUCUGUGGCCGACAGAUAAAGAGCCUGAACUUUACGCAGCCUCGCUUCCGUAUUGUAGGUGGAUCACCUGCAACCUUAGGCAGCUGGCCAUGGUUGGUGUCUCUACAUUUGGACAAAACUCUGAUGUGUGGCGGGGUGCUGGUGGACAGUUCUUGGGUGCUGACUGCUGCUCACUGCUUCAAUGGGAAUCGCAACGAGAAUUACUGGACAGUGACUCUGGGCGAGUAUGACCUGACCAAAACUGAUCCAGAUCAGCAGGUCAUUCCAGUCAACAGAAUUAUCAGUCACCCCAAGUUCAACCAGAAAACCUUCAAUAAUGACAUUGCUUUAGUGGAGCUGACCUUCCCAGCUCGCCUGUCUGCUUAUGUGACUCCUGUGUGUCUCCCUGCUGGCAUGGAGGAGCCUGCAAUGGGCACAGAUUGCUAUAUUGCAGGAUGGGGUUCACUCUAUGAGGAUGGUCCUUCAGCUGAUGUGGUUAUGGAAGCUAAAUUGCCCACACUGCCACAGAGCACCUGCCAGAGCACCUUGGGCAAAGAGCUGGUCACAAGUACUAUGUUCUGUGCGGGCUACCUCUCUGGAGGAAUUGAUUCAUGCCAGGGUGAUUCUGGAGGACCACUGACCUGUCAAGAUCCCAAAACUGGCCAAUUCCAGCUUUUUGGGAUCACCUCUUGGGGAGAUGGCUGUGGCGAGAAGGGGAAGCCGGGAGUAUACACACGUGUCAGUGCCUAUUCCGACUGGGUCAACUCAGAGAUCCACAAAUCCUCGACUAGUCGGGAACCCAGCUGUCCUGAACUGCUUAAAGCAGCAGCCCUUGAGAAGGAGUCAACAGGGUCAGAAUUUGCCCAUCUGUGUCACUUCUACUCACAGACUUGUCCACCAUCACUGGGAGCUGCUAGCUGUACCCGUCUAGCUGAGGAAAAAUGCCGUGCUCAGCACAAGAAAUGCCAGCUACGCUCAUUCCUGCAAAUGCUGCUUGAUUUGCUGCGCCGGGUGGAGCAUUUCAUCCGAGAAAAGCUAGAUCUGUCAUUCUUCACUCAGACUCUUCCUCAGUUUGUGGAACAGAUCUACAGGAGCAGCCUGGUGACCAGGGAGAGAAGGAAUACAGAAUCACAGUCAGGACAGAUACCUGUGGAAGCCACCUCCAAAGCAGCUACACCACUCUCUUUCUUCAAGAGAGUUGGAGCAAGCAUUGAAGACUGGGUGGAGUACCUUAGGGGCCUCUCACAGGAUAGUGAUGAAGAGUCUGGUCCCACACCUCAUGCGGAGGAGCAGUUCUUUGUGCAGGGGGACACCCCAUUGAUGCCCCGUGUUAAAGAAGAAUACCUUUCCCUUAUUGAGACGCUGCGAUCUCGGCUUGGCUCUAGGAAUCUCAAUGCUAACCCUGUGUUUCAGGGGGCAUUGUCUACUUCAGCAGAGAUGAAGACCCACACUGCACCUACCUUGGCCUCUGUCACUUCUUCCACUGUAACCUGGUCUAUAGGGCUGCUACACAAACGAAAAGGGCAGGGCCUUAGAAAACGCCGCACUCUGAAGAAAUGGGAGGUGACGCAUCUCGGCACUAACGGGUGUGCCAUGGAUAUCAAGGCUUUGCCACUCAUUGGCUCACUCAGGGACACUUACAGCUGGAUUUUGGGCAUUCCCAUGCAAGACCUGUCGAUGAACUUUCAGGAGGUGCUGGUAGACAUGACUUCUAAGAAUGAAAGAGGACUCUAUGAGGCCCGGGUGCGUGGCACUGUGGGCGGACGAUCCGUCACUUUCUAUAGCCUGGUGGGUCUGGAAGGUGAAGCUUUCUACCGGAGUGUGCCCCGACUCCUCGCUUUGGCACUAGACACCCUCAAGACAUAAGAGAGACCUAUGCAUAAAGAUGGAAAGCCUUUUUACCCAUUUUGGGACUGUAUUGAGCUUCUUGACCAGUUCAGUGGGAGUAGGGUGAAGGUAAUCUGCUUGGCAAAAGGACCCGCUUCGCUAGAACGGUUGCAACAGGAGAGCCAAGCUCAACAAGUCUAUGAUAGCUGCCUGCAAAAUGCCCCUUUGUGUGUCUCUCACGUUUUGGGCUUUUUAUUUGGGAAGGAGAGAGUUUGACUGCUGCCCAGUCAGCGGGAGAAUCUUGAAUGAAUGACAUUACAACCAGUAAGGAAGCAGAGCUGUGAAGAGUCUGUGAUCAUUGAGGCUACCAUUAACCAGUAGCUAAAGGACUGAGGGACAUGGCAGCUAAGUGGUGCUGCAUCACCCAAGGAGCAAACAAUGAAAGAGAAUAACUGUGUACAAAGUCUCUUAGCUUAUUUAUUUAUAAAUAUAUUCACGUCAGUAAUA